AUGAGCUUGACAUCUAUCCCAGACGAACUCCUUCGUGAGGUGCUGUUAUACCUUCCUCGUCCGUCUCAGAACGCAUGUCUCCUCACCUGCAAAGCAGUGCAUGCCGUUGCGGUUCCCAUAGUCUUCCGCAUGAUCAGCAUAUCGUUCGGGUCCCUCCAGGAACACGGCUUUGAACCCGACGACGUACUCGUCAUCGAGAAAACCCUCUGGGAAACACAAAAGGCCCGAUCGAUCGAGAUUCUGGACUACAUCUGCCGGAAUCCAGGUUUCGCGAGGGUCAUUCAAAGAUUGCUCGUCUACGCGUACGCCCAGAAUGACGAUGCUCCCAAAAUUCUCGGUCGACUCGUCACCGCAGUUGCUUCGAUGACUCAUUUGCAAGCCGUGCUGUGGGCUGGUGUUGGAUGGAAUAUGGACCCCCUCCAAUGGCGACUACGCCUAACGUCGUUCUCCGUUAAAAGUCAGAUGGGCAUCGAUUACGCCACAGUGGAGAACGCCGAGGAGACCACCGCGAUCAUCCCGUACAUUGAAAAGAUAAUCGGGCACAACACCGAAACGUUGAGAAGAGUGGCGAUCCCCUGCGUCACCAUGGGGUCCAUCCCACCCAACGUCUUCGGACGACUGACGCACCUCGCGAUUUGGAACUGCAAAGAUCUACACCACGUCGACCAGAUUUUCCUACACGCGCAUUCGCUCGUCUCGCUCGCGCUCGUGGAGGUGAUCGGCCCGGAGAUCUUCCACGUGCUUCGGGCGCACGCGACGGCGCUUCCCAACCUGGCGCAGUUCAAGUUGAUGAUCUUGGAGCAGAUGGACCCGGACGAGGAAGAGACGGACACGCUCGCGAUCCGCGAUUUCAUCCAGAACCGGGAGCUGGACCGACUAGACAUCGACGCCCCGGGCUCGAUCUCCGAGCUCAUCCUGGACGUCCUGCCCAAAUGCGAGAGGCUAUCCGCGCUCGGGCUCGACGCGCGCGGGGUUUCGAGCGACGACGACGUGAAGAUGCUCGCGGACUCGAUCCCGCCGAACCUCGUCGCCCUCCACAUACAACACCCGUGGGAGGGCCUCUCGCUCGACUCGUAUGAGCUGCAGCCGCUCCUAACCAAGUACGCGGAAAUGCCCCGGUUGCGAUUCCUUCAUUGGCAGAACCCCGUGCCGUCGUCGCGCAUCAUCGUGGAGGCGCUCGCAGAGGACAUACCGAUGCUGGAUUACAUGGGCCUCGGCACCACGUUCUGGCGCAUUAUCAGGGAAGUGGGCCCCGACGGAGAGACGAUAGUGGGGGCAGAGCGGAUCCAGCAGGCGAAACUGAUGUUGGACGUCUGGAAUGAUGAUGAACUGGUGGACGAGCGGUGGCUUCUGGAGUGGCACGAUGGGGAGACCUGA